AUGUCGGUAUAUUAUCGCUUUUUACACGAGAAGUCUGAUUCAUACCGUGCUAUUGAGUUGAAUGUAAAUUCAGUCAGAACUUCAGAUUUGAAGAUGCUUGUAGCGGAGCAUGCAGGUUUAGGUAAGGAAUACAUGAAACUUUUUGAUUUAAAGGUAUUUGACAAUGACGAAAAGGAGGCAUUUCCUGACGAUAAGCUACUGCCAAUUUACUCCAGAGUAGUAAUACAGCGCAUACCUUGGAGAGAGCUUAAAGAGAUACAUCACGAAGCUCAGAGAAGUAUUGCAGAAGGUGAAGAGACAGAAGUUGUAGAAGAAGCAAAAUUAACCUUACCCUCAGAAUAUAUCUGCAAGUUAUGUGGAUUUCCGCUGUUAAAUCCAGUCCUCAUAAAAUGUGCUGGGAGCUGUGGUGCAUCCGCCUGUAGGGAUUGUGUAAAAAAUUAUCUUGAGCAAAACAAAGCAGUAGCUGUUAAACCUUGCCCUUCCUGCGGACAAAGAUUUAGAGGCAGUGUACCUAAUAAGAGCCUUGCUAAUGUGUUGGCAACCAUAGACUGGGAUAAGUUUAACUACCCUGUUAGAAAUCCAGAAACAGAUGUUUCCAAGGAUUCAGAUAAUUUAAUCAAACAGCAGGAUUCUAGUAUUUCUGGAGAAGCAAUAACACAUGAUUCUGCUUCUUUAACAAGAACAGAUCCUGAAUUAGAUGACUUCAAGACAAAUGCAGAAGGGAAUGUAUUGUUACAAGAUUUAAAUCCCGAAUCAAAUUCUAUUCCAGUGAUAGAAAACAUUCAAAAAGAUGUAUUUGUCGCAAAAACUAAUCACAAUGAGACCUCAGAGCCCAAUCCUGUAUUACCACAAGCUUCUACUGUUGACCCGGUAUCGAGAAGUGAAGGAAAUGUAGCUCCAUCCAAUAUUCAAAUUACCAUAGAUGAAGGCACAAGUAUUAAUUCUUCCAAUACAACCACAAACUUAACAGCUGAGUCGAAACUACCUUCUUCACCUACAAUCACUGGUUUGACUGAGCAGAGCAUUGAAACCUCAAUUCCUAUACUUCCAAAGGCAAAGACUAUUCCACCUUCCUAUUCUAGUUUGCCUGCUCCUAUAUUACCCCCUCAUCAUGCUUCUCCUCUUAUAGCUACUCACCAGCUCCCACCACAUCCUGGUAUUCAUGCACCUCCAUAUAUGGACCCUUGGAACAUACAAGGGCAUCCCUAUCCAGCAUACGCCCCAGAUGGUGCGCCACAUCAUUUUCAUCCAGGAUAUCCCGGAGCCCCAUUUCCACAGCCAGGCCCUACACACCCAUAUGGAUAUAUAAUUCAGCCCCCAAAUAUGAUGAAUCCUGGAAUGUUUGGUACUCACUUUCAACCAUUUGUAGAGACAAUUUUGCCGAUUUGUGGCCCUUACUUAACAGAAGAACAACAAAUCCAGCUCGCAAUGUCAUUUCCCAUGUUGUCAGAAGAGAACUUUGAGCUAAUUAAGCAAGCCCAACAAAGUGUUAAAGACAUUUGGGGUUUACUUCCAAAAUCAAUUCGCUCUUCUCUUCUUCAGGAAACACAAGAUUUUGGAAAUCCAAGUGAAAAGAAAAAUAAACUAUUCAAAAAAAGAAAGGAAUAUAAUUAUAAUGCCCAAAACAACGGAAUUAACAAUGGAUUAAAUUCAGUAAAUAAUAACAAUAGCAUUAGUAACUCUUCUCACUCUUAUAGUAAGCAUCCAAGCCUUAAAAAAAGGUCUGUCUAA